AUGGCGACCUUGUACAACGUCAGGCUGUUUGCGGCUGCAGGGAAGACUUUUGUGAGAAUUCCACAGAAAUACAAUUCACCAAUUUGUUGUAUCACCAGUUGCAAGUAUUUCAGUUCCAGUUCUCAAAGAAAUGCCAGAUUUUAUGAGAAUGCCGUUGAUGCUGUGAAGGAUAUACCAGAUGGAGCCAAACUUUUAGUGGGAGGAUUUGGACUGUGUGGCAUCCCUGAAAACUUAAUAGCGGCCUUACGAGAAACUGGGAGUAAAAACCUGACUGUUGUCAGCAACAAUUGUGGUGUGGAUGACUUUGGGUUAGGAAUUCUCCUCAAUAAUAGGCAGAUCAAACGCAUGAUUUCCUCCUAUGUUGGAGAAAACAAAGAGUUUGCACGUCAGUAUCUGUCAGGAGAGCUCGAAGUGGAACUGACACCUCAGGGUACGUUGGCAGAGAAGCUGCGUGCUGGGGGCGCAGGUAUACCAGCCUUCUUCACCCCAACAGGAUAUGGCACCCUGGUGCAGGAAGGAGGGGCACCCAUCAAAUACUCUUCUGAUGGCUCUAUCGCUGUUCCCAGUGAACCCCGAGAGGUGCGUGUCUUCAAUGGGAUCCAGUAUAUCAUGGAGGAGGCUAUCACAGGAGAAUUUGCAUUGAUCAAGGCCUGGAAAGCUGACAAGGAAGGCAAUAUUACAUUCAGAAAAACGGCACAAAAUUUCAAUCCUCCUAUGUGUAAGGCAGGUAAAGUCACAAUCGCAGAAGUGGAGGAAGUGGUGGAGGUGGGUGAGAUCGCCCCUGAGGACAUCCAUGUCCCACAUGUUUACAUACAGAGGGUCAUCAAGGGGCCCAAAUAUGAGAAGAGGAUAGAGAGAAUGACGGUUCGUAAGGACAGCAGUGGGGAAUCGGGAGCCCAAAGUGACGCAGAAAAACUGAGAGCCAGAAUCAUCAAACGAGCUGCUUUAGAAUUUGAGGAUGGGAUGUAUGCUAACCUGGGUAUCGGCAUGCCUAUGUUGGCCAGUAACUACAUUCCCCAGGGGUUGAAGGUGAACCUUCAGAGUGAAAACGGGGUGCUAGGUCUGGGCCCAAUGCCGACCAGAGAAGAGGUGGAUGCUGACCUGAUUAACGCUGGUAAAGAGACCGUGACGGUCAUCCCUGGAGCAUCAUACUUCAGCAGUGACGAAUCCUUCGCUAUGAUUAGAGGGGGCCAUAUUGGAAUGACUAUGCUUGGAGCCAUGCAGGUGUCAAGAUACGGAGACUUGGCCAACUAUAUGAUUCCGGGUAAGAUGGUGAAGGGUAUGGGAGGAGCCAUGGACCUUGUCUCCACACCAGGGUCAAAGGUUGUCAUAACCAUGGAACACACUGCAAAGGGAGGAAAGCACAAAAUCUUGGAUGAAUGUUCACUACCACUCACUGGAAAAAAAUGUGUGGAUUUGAUUAUUACAGAAAAGUGUGUAUUUAAUGUGGACUCUGAGAACGGCCUGACUCUGUCUGAGCUGGCAGAAGGGGUCACAGUAGAAGAGGUUAUUGAGUCUACAGGCUGUGAAUUUGAGGUGUCAAAAGAUCUGAAGCCAAUGGGCAGUGUGUAGUGAUUCCUUCUUGUUCUAGAAAAUAACAUAUCAGACGUGUGCUGUUCUAUUCUGUCAGCGUAACUUUGUAGAGCGUCAUCCGGAAAUUCCAGUCAAUCGGAGAGUGUGCAGGGGAUUUGUACAUGCGAGCUAAAAAUUACAUUUACUGAUCGGAAACUUCAUCCCAUGGAGCAAAAGAACUGUAGAGUUCUUUGUGAAAACCAGGUGCCUGGAAGUGUAUCACCCAUGGGACACGUGUAUGUGCACUCAUGUGAAUUGUUACAUGUGAUACGUCAGCACAUGGACUUCUCUGGAAAUUGUGCACACGUGUUUAUUGUCCAGAUGAAGUUAUGCACAGUUGCAGUUUUGUAUAUACUUGGGAAUAAAUUCUUAAUCUCUUGGGCCGGAUUUUGUGGUGAGCCCUUCGUAAGAACUAUAACUUGAUAGUUAAAAAGGAAAAAAAAUUAGUUUGAAUAUAUUUGUGAGUCAGCUAUUUUAUUUUAGCAUAUAUCUGAAUAUAUUUUUAAAAAUAUUUCACUGUAUAUGUACAUAUUUACUGCAAGAAAUGUGUUCAACUUUUAUGAAUGAUACAAAGGUAUUUUCUAACGUGAUACUUUGCAAUACUACCUUCUGAUUGAUUUGUCUAACAGCAUAAUAAUGUGCCGCUAUACAUUUUCAUUGUGAUUAUAGUGUUCUGUUUGCUGGAAGAUUUUGUGUUUUUUUCUUAUUCUGAAGGCACAUACAAGUAUGGAUUUUAAUGUAUUGAAGAAAAAGAAUUGCCAGAUAUUGCAAAUGGUUUGGAAGCUGAAACAAACCAGUCUGGACCAUGCCUGGAUAAAGUAAUUAUGUAAAAGAUAAUAUAAUUUUAGAAGUGAAGAGUUUUUUUGUUGCUGCAUUGUAAAAAAUGGAACAAGAAGUAAAGCGAGUUUACUGAUAUGAUAUAGUUAAAUAUUUCUCAGUGAGUGUGUUUCUGUAUCAGCAGUAGUAGUUGUAUUCUCUGAAACAUUCACAUGUGUGUCUGAAGUAUUGUAAUACACAAUUAAUAAAUAUAAAGGGGAAACAUUUUUUCAUGAGUAAACUAUUCAUACAACCUGUAAAUAUAGGACACAUGAGGGAUUCAGUACUUCACAAGUUGGAACAGUUGAAUGCAUGAUUUAAUACUUAGAAUGCCUAUGCAUGUUGGAAUAGACAGACGGUUUAAUACACAUCAUUCCUUUACAAUUUAAUCUCUAUAAUCUUUUAAGAAAAUGUUUCCGUCAUGGUUGUUUGUGAAAACCGGUUAAAUCUGAAUUUUUAGGAAUGACAUCUUAUGGAUGUAGCCUCAUUGUGAGCGUGGAAACAUACAGAAUGGAGGACAACAUGUAUGAAUGUCAGUUAGGUACUAUAUUCUCUUAACACUUUUGUACUAAUGAAAUUUUUAGCUUUACCUCAAUUGACUAGUCAAGUAGAUUUGUACUUUGCCAUUAUUAUGUCUCCUGUCAAAGAUUUUUUUUUCGUCUCUUCUGUUAUUGAACUGUUGUCUGUAUAAAUCGAACGAGGCCUAGAGGUCAUCCAAUGGUUUGCUGAUGGUGAGACUGUGGCACUGCAGUUGACUCAUUAGAGAACAUAUUCCAGUCAACAGUUUGAGUUGGAUGCACAUAUUUGUUAUUACAACAACAAAGAGACAUCCCUGUGCAAAAUGACGUUGAAAUGGCACGUUCGAUUUCUUCCCUAUCCUUUAACUAGAGUGUUUUGCAUUGAGAUAAAAUUGCUAGUAGAACAUUCCCAAUGUGUCGUAAGGCAGUACCUCAAAACAUGCGUAUAAAAAUUAAUAUUGACUGUUUACACAUCCACUGACCAUAAAAGUAAUUCUAAUUAGCCUCCACUAAGGUGGAAUAGUAGUGGAAUGCUAGAGGUCAACUACAGGUGUACUAAACGUGAGCUACAGGCAUACCACUAGAGAUAUCUGGCACUGUAAGGUGUUGUAUGGAGGGCUCUGCCAGGUUUCCUCGCACCUGCGGUGAUGUAAGUAAAAUAGUCUUGAGCACAGUGUAAAACAUUACUCAAAUAAAUGAAUUAUAUGGAAGGGGUCUUUAUUUCUAGAAAGCUUUGUGCCAGGUUUAAUUAUAAUUAUUUAGCCCUUGUGAUGACAUGGACUUUUUAUGUGAACCUUUUUAACUGUUUUCUCAGCCGAAUCUACCUUUAAGGAAGUUUUACAAAGUUUUGAUGAUUUACUCUGCCUACUCUGUGCCAAUGAACAUCAACCCAAUUAUGUCUUUAAUUUGUGAUAUCUUAUUCAUAAUUCACAGGUCUUUUUCUUUCCUGUGCCUAGGGAAUAAUAAAUUUGUGCUGAUUGUGAACUCCAGGAAGAUGGUCCUUCAAAUUCUUGACCUCUGAUCACAAGCUACAACUUUUAGGCUUCUGCUAUGUAUAUAUGUGUGUGUGCG